AUGCCUCCUGAGAGAGCAACCUCUUCUGAAUAUGGACAACAUGCAAUGAUCAAAUUAAAAUCUUCCGACGUUACUCUUCAUUAUAUUUCAAAAGGUUUGCCAAAUCAACCGAUGAUUUUAUUUGUUCAUGGUUUUCCCGAAUGUUGGUAUUCGUGGAGAUUUCAAUUAAAAUAUUUUUCUAAAAAAUACCGCGUUGUUGCCAUUGAUACACGAGGCUAUGGACUUUCGUCAAAACCAUUGUAUGUUUCAGAUUACACAGCCCACGAAUUGGCUGGUGAUGUGGCAGAUGUUAUUGAACAACUAGGGUAUGACACGUGCAUAUUAGUGGGACAUGAUUGGGUUGAAAAAUUAGUUAUUAUGAAUUCUCCACAUCCUCAAGUAUUCCGAUCAGAUUUAUCAUGGACACAACUUAAACGAUCAUGGUACAUGUUUUAUCAUCAAUGUCCAAUUAUUCCUGAAUUAAUUCUCCAGUCAAAUGAUUUUGAAUUACUUGAAAGUACUUUUCUUAAGAAACCAAUGGGAUUAGUCAAUACAAUCAAUAUGGAUCAUGAUGAUAUUGAAGUUUAUAAAUACACAUUUGCUCAAAGAGGUACUGCCAAAUCAGCCAUCAAUUAUUAUCGUGCAAUGUUUCGUUAUCAGUUCGACUUAUCACAUUCUUAUAUUAGCGCUCCAACGUUACUCAUUUGGGGUUUAAAUGAUGCAACAUUAGGCGAAGAAUUAUGUGAUGGUACAGCAAAAUACUGCGCAGAUUUACGUAUUAGAAAAAUACCAAAUGUCAGUCAUUGGGUUCAACAAGAUGCUCCAACUCAAUGUAAUACAUAUAUAGAUGUAUUUUUGAAUGAACAUUCACUAGUUGAAAAUACACUUGAUUUUUAA